GUUCAUUCAAAGAUUUCAAAGUUCAAAGCAAUUUAAGCGAUAGUAAAGUAAAAAUGGUGUGGUGUUUACGCAAAAGAUUAAAAAAUAAACACGUUUCUGUUUGAAUUUUCUCGUUUAUUUAAAGACCAUCUUAAAUGAUGUCUGUGUUACAUUCCAAUGUUGAGCCCUCAUGGCAGUGGGAAACCAACGCUGAAUUCAUCAAUGACCCCUUCGCAGUGAUAUAUCACGAGGGUCAGUGGACGUUAAGUAAAGUUUCUCCUUUGAACAAUUUACAAUAUAACAGAGUGAAGCUAAAACAAUAUGCGUCCAAAAUUCGACUAGCAUUGGUCAGUAGCGUGUCUGCGAAGUCUUCUGUCAAUUAUGCAGUGCAGUUUGACCAGCAGCCUCUAUUGAAGUAUUGUGAAGAUGAUGCUGAUGCUUUAAAAAUAAAUGUUGCAGCAACAACAAACGGUGGUAAGACAAAGAUGGCAUACACAGGAAUUUUGAUGUCCUGGGGGGUCAGCAGUGGUCCUGAAGGCACUGUUCACUUGCCUUAUAUGCUAGAGCGGGGAGAAAAAAAAGUUGCAGAUGUUGUUAAAAUCUGCUUACAAAAGAUAUUUGACUGCAAUAUAAAACCAUUGAGUUUUACACAGUAUCAAUUGCUGAUGUUUGGCUUCAGUUUUGUGGAGUGCACAUCAGCAAAGGGCACUGACCCUUUUGUCCUGUCGUACACCACUCCCGGGGCAGUUGACAUUAAGAAUAAGCUUGACAUGCGGUUUGAAGUCAGUGAUGUACACUACAUGUGGAAUGCAUUAAAAGAUGAGGUAGACAACAUGUCAGAACUCAUAAGCCAAGUAUACCAGAUUCUGCAAAAACAAAUAAUGCAUACAAUACAGUAUGACAUAUCUUUCUUGGAUAUCUUCAAAAUCACAUUGCUUAAAGCAGAGGUCAAAAGCAAUGGUAUUGUUAAAAUGAAAUCACCUGAACUGGUGAACUCUGUUUUUAAUGUGUUGAAUAAGAUCAUUUGCAAUGAGACUCCAUUAGACAGUUGAGUUCUUGUAUCAUGGUUUCGAUUUUGAUGUUUACAUAGUUUUGUAAAUACAUAUAAGUAACAUUAAAUUGUCUAAGGCUAAACCGAAAAUGUUAGUUAAAACUCGUUAAGUAUUGUAUUUUUAAUAGCUGUACUGUGUCAGUAGAGUUGACAUGUAAAUAGUUUCUUUGUGUGAGUGUUUUCACUUUGACUGUACAAUAAAUUAAUAUUUUUAGUAAAUACACGUGGUUAGGGGUCAUCAAUUA